UCCAAAUUCAAAUUGCUUCAUUAGAGAGACACCGCUUUUGUGGGGAAGGGCUUUAAAUGCCCACUACAAAGUUAGGACUCAUUGUUCCGCGCGGGUUUAUAUAACAGGCGCGGGGAGGCGCUGGGCUCAGGCUGCGCGGAGCCAGUUCUGCAGCCGCCGCCGCCUGCGUUCCCUCCCCCCUCCCCCAGGUGAUGGCCCAGCCAGGGUCCGGCUGCAAAGCGACCACCCGCUGCCUUGAAGCCGCGCCGCCCGCCAUGGCUCAGUCGGAUGCUGAGGCUUUGGCAGGCGCUUUGGACAAGGACGAGGGUCGGGCCUCUCCCUGUACGCCCAGCACGCCAUCUGUCUGCUCACCGCCCUCUGCCGCCUCCUCCGUGCCGUCCGCCGGCAAGAACAUCUGCUCCAGCUGCGGCCUCGAGAUCCUGGACCGAUAUCUGCUCAAGGUCAACAACCUCAUCUGGCACGUGCGGUGCCUCGAGUGCUCCGUGUGUCGCACGUCGCUGAGGCAGCAAAACAGCUGCUACAUCAAGAACAAGGAAAUCUUCUGCAAGAUGGACUACUUCAGCCGAUUUGGAACCAAGUGCGCACGGUGCGGCCGACAGAUCUACGCCAGCGACUGGGUCCGGCGGGCGCGCGGCAACGCCUACCACCUAGCCUGUUUCGCCUGCUUCUCGUGCAAGCGCCAGCUAUCCACGGGCGAGGAGUUUGGCCUGGUCGAGGAGAAGGUGCUGUGCCGUAUCCACUACGACACCAUGAUCGAGAACCUCAAGAGGGCCGCCGAGAACGGGAACGGCCUCACGCUGGAGGGGGCAGUGCCCUCGGAACAGGACAGUCAGCCCAAGCCGGCCAAGCGCGCGCGGACGUCCUUCACCGCCGAGCAGCUGCAGGUACCGCCGCGGGCCGCGUGUGGCCGCAUGUGGGCGGGGCCUCGGAGUGGGCGUGGUCCGGGCCGGACCGGUCCACGUAAAAAGACAACCACGCCGCCAGCAACCACGCCCUCCGGGGCGCCGCCGUCCCGCCUCCCUUCCGCCCUGUCCGACGACAUCCACUACUCUCCGUUCAGCAGCCCCGAGCGGGCUCGCAUGGUCACCCUACACGGCUACAUUGAGAGUCAGGUACAGUGCGGGCAGGUGCACUGCCGGCUGCCUUACACCGCGCCCCCGGUCCACCUCAAAGCUGAUAUGGAUGGGCCACUCUCCAACCGGGGUGAGAAGGUCAUCCUUUUUCAGUACUAACGCUGCCGGCACUUCCGCAUCUGUCCGUGGGUGCCCCACAGCUGCCUCUCAGCCGCUGAAACCCGGAGUCCGAGUCGCUGCCAGGGACCCACCCGCUCCGCAGCCACCCCUCAUCCGCCAUCCUGCCCGCCACCAGCGGGGCCCCCCCCGGCCUGGCCCUCCCCUCUCCUGCUGAGAACCAGAACCUGCUAGGAACACCACGGAGUCCUGCUCCCGGAAGGCAGAGCUCCCUGAAAUCUGGAGCCAGGGCGAAACAACAGCCCGGUUUCCCCAUUUAUACAGGAGUCAUCUUCAACUUAAGCUGAUUACAAUAGCAAAAGGCCGAAAUGAAUUGCGAGACGUCAACAGCCUUCCAACUGACAGGUUUUCUUUCCUCCCAUAUUGGCCUUUAUUUACUUCUUCCUUGGAACCAUCUCUGAAUUCUGAAUAGCCGACAACCCCCAGUGUUAUCCAUUCUGUUGCUUUUGUCUGGAAAACUCUAGAGUGUUUGUGGGAUGUCCCCAAAGGAGAGCUCUGUUCUAAUUUUAUCAUUUCCAUCUGUCUGGUUAUGUCAAGUCAAUUCAGAGAGAGAAGAGACACUGACCAACCCUGAGAGGCCCAACAGGGCAGAGAUGGAGGCCUGCCCAGACCAAGAGGCAGGGGGGUUAAGUGGGGGCUGGGGGUGGGGGUGGGCAAAGCCCCCCAUCCAUUGGUUUGGCAAUCCAGGAGCAGAAUGUGGCACAUUGGUCUGGGAGAGGCGCUAGCCAUUUUAAGGAGAGGAAAGAAGAAACUCGGGGUGGGGCCCUGCUCCCACCUACUUAUCCAGCAUAUGUGCAGGGGACCUAGCAGAGAUGGUGUCUGCUCCGUGUGGGGACAUUUCUGACUGUUUGGACAGGCUAGAAGUGGGGUCCCUUGUUGGCUACUUGUUGAUUCCUGAUAGGGGUGCUUGGGCCAUGUCUUCUUUUGGGGGAACCACUCAUGGGGGUGCUGGGGAACAGAGCCCAGGAAAAUAGCAGUCAGGGUGUCCAUUCUAGACCCGUCGCUGAGUCCAGAGAGGGUGCCAGCUGCCUAGGUGAGUGUGCCAGGCCCAGGAUUCUAGCUGGCCCUUCUGGGCUUCCCCAUCAGCCCUGCCCAGAGCCAGCCCCACCCACUCCUGAGGACGCAGGCCAGACCCAGCUGUGCUCACAUCCACCCUGUCCUGCUGCAACUCUUCCGCCCCAAACAAAAGGGCUUGGGCUACACAAGACCACGAUUUAUGUUUUCAGGGGACACCCAUUUGUCCCAAGCUUAUCUUGUAAUUUUAGAAUAACUUGGUGUCCUGAUGCAUUUCCCACUAGAGGCUGCUAGUAAGCAUGUUUCAGCCCAAGUCCUCCUUCCUGCUUUGGUUAACCUGAUAUGUUGCUUUUGGAAGGAGACUCCAGGCCAGGGAAAGCAAGUUCAUGAUACAAAUGUAUCUGCUAUUCCUGUGUCCACCCAUGGCAGACAUGGCUAAUCGACUGCAGCACUCGCUGUCUCACUGAGGCUGGAGAAGGUUUCAGAAUCCAAAUGCUUGCAGUUGGCACUGAAAAUGAAAACCUAUCGGCCAUUCUUGCUAUGGGACCUGGAGGAGGGCUGGGCCCGGGUGCAGCCCAAGAAGGGAAGUUGCUUCUUUCUCCUUUCAAAGAUGGUUUCGGCUGACUCAGGGCAAAUAGAAGGCACCCCUCAGAAUGUGGGCAGUGCAGCUGGGUGCAGAACUCAGUGAAUAACGUGUACCCGGCCCUGCGCUCGGUGCUGAUGUUAACAGAAGCAGCUUGGCUCUGAUACCAGGUGAUUGGGGAGCUCUGAUCUUUCCUUUGAUUUUUGCUCCCCAUGAUCGAAGUCCCGAGCACAGUCAUGUGGUGAGUGGCCAGCUGAGCCCUGCCCAGGGACACCCAGAACCCACUCUGCCUUGAGCCUCCCCCCCCAGGGUCUGUUCCUUGCGUGGAUCACGUGGUCAUAGCAUGUUGCAGUUCAGACAUGUCUCCACUAGCCUAUUAGAGCAGCCUGGGAAUGUACAGGCCAACAAGACUAUUUAUUUAAAUACAAAACAAAAGGGGGAAAACACACACACGUGGAAAAAAAUUGUAAGCACUUUUUUGUAAAACCAAUGUCUGUUUUGUUACAUACCUUUCAUGUUGUGCUUUGUAAAUGUCUUAUUUGUGUAAUAAAUAAAGUUAAUGCAGGUGGAAGUGCUGGCACUUACAUCCAGA